CGCGGAGUGCAGCAAUGCGCCGCGCCGCGCGUUCGUGAACCACAAUGGUGGCCAAUAUUGGCAUCAUUAACCCUGCAAAUGUGGAGGCGACCGCGUAUAUUAGCGCUGUAGCGGCGUUCGCUGCGGUGGUUCUUGUGGUUCUUCUGUUCCUGGGGAGGAGAUGGUGCUACUCUGCCAUCUUCGGCCGCAAGUGCUGUGACGAGCUACCUGUGAACCCCCAGCCUUGCCUGCCAGUCGACAAUGCUCAAUUCGAUGCUUUACCGAUCCAUUAUCCCGAACGCAUAUUCGCGUUCGAGACCUCCGACUCGGAUGAAGAGCUGCGCUUGCGCAUCCAACAGGAUAAAGAUGAGGUGGAAUGCCACUAUGAGGAGAAGAACGAGAACCAAGCUCCCGCCAAGUUGGAAGUGGAACUGGUAGAGACGGCCCUUCGAGAGACCAGUAUAAGGGAAACCAGGAUUGAUGACGUGGGGCCCCAGCGAGCGGAGUACAUUCACACCCUGGAGGCGCAGAGCAGCGUGGAUAGUGACGUCAUCGCACAUAAUGACACGUCCUUGCUCUGUGGCGAAAGCAGCAGCUGUCAAGAGCGUGGCUCCGUGGAACUCACGCUGCUGUACGACGCUCCCGUACGCAGCAUGACUGUGCACGUGCUGCAAGCGAGGUCCUUGCCACAAAGGAAUCAGGGACAGAUCUUGCAGAGCCAGGUUCGAGUCGUGCUGCUGCCGUUGAAAAAACAGAAAUUCAAAUCUAAAAUACGAAAUGGAGAGAACCCUCAGUACAUGGAAAGCUUUGUUCUGCAUAAAAUUAAUCCAGAGGAUGUCCAUGGUCUCGGUCUGCGCAUCCGCAUCUACGGCUGUGAGCGCAUGCGCCGUCAGCGACUGCUGGGCGAGGCGGCAGUCAGCUUUGCAACCCUCAACUUUGAGCUCGAGAACAAUCUGUGGCUGCAGCUCACGCCGAGGCAACAUCAUCAGCCGACCCUACAGCUGCCCAAGUUGGAUCUCAGCCACUCGUUCUCCGGCGUUCUCGCCAGCCCAUCUUCUGUAGCCACUGUGACGACCCCCAGUGGAGCAGGGGGAGGAGAAGCCUGUAGUCUCGCCAGAUCAGACUCCGCCUCCUCUUGUUGCAGCACAAGAUCUGCGCCAGAGUUACUGCUGGGGUUGCAGUACAGUUCCACAACAGGCCAUUUGUCUGUUGAGGUAAUCAAAGGCACGCAUUUCCGCAAGCUGUCUCCGAAUAAAGCGCCCGACACAUAUGUGAAACUAUGUCUGAUCAGUUCCCUGGGGAUGGAGAUGGGGCGCUGCAAGUCUACCACAAGACGCGCGCAGUCUAACCCGCUCUACAAGGAGCUCUUUAUCUUCCAGGUGGCCUUAUUCCAACUGACGGAGGUGACAUUGAUGGUGUCAGUGUGGUGGCGUCGCAGCGUGAAACGGAACGAGAUGGUGGGCUGGUUCUCCCUGGGACACAGCCCGUCUGGCCGGGAAGAGGAGAGGCACUGGCAGGAACUGUGCGAGCGGCAGGGGGAACAGGUUCAACGUUGGCACGUGCUGCUGGACUCCUGACGGUCGGUGACUUAGCGUGUGGAAGACGCGCUCGCCUGAACUACUCUCGCCUCCCAGGCUUUCGCUGGCCGCACCUCGGUGCUUGUACGCGGUAGACCCGCGCAUGCCGGCUCAAGUGGAGACGCCGAUCUCAAGUCAAAAGACUGGACUGCGUCAACUUGCGCUAUCUGAACUAUAUUUGGUCUGUGGUGUUUAUGUCACAUUACUUUGAAUUUGAAUAAAGAAAGAUAAAAUUUAAUUUUAAAACGUUACAUCGUUUUGAAUUUGAAAACAGAAGAUGUUAAUUUUUAAUGAGCACUGAAAUCACAAUUAUACACGCUCCGAGACCGCAUUGACCAAAGAAUAGUAUAGAAUAGAAGCACGUAAUUGGAUUUUUCGUGGUUUUGAUGUUACCUACACUUAUUGCUACACGUGGUGCAUAUUGCUUUUUUUGUUACGGCACUCGCAAUCUGCUUACAGAUUUUAUGUUCUCAAUAUUGAUUGCUCGCAUUGUGAUACUGAUGUUUUCAAAGUGUGAAGUUACGAGUUACUAUAAAGCACGCUCUGACUGAUUCUGAUUGAAAAAUUUUUAUAUUUAAAAAAGAUAUGUACGUAUACUUAGAAUUUAAGGUUCGGUGUAUUUCUUUCUUAAGUUAAAUUAAUCGAAUACCUAUUUAGUAUUUUUAUUAUAUACGUAUGAAAUGCGUUUCAGAGGAAUUGUAUAAAAUGAUCGUAGUGAGUUUGGUGUUAUAGAUAUAUAUUUACAAAAAAUAAUAUUUCGUCGUGGUGUUUGGAGAAGUUUUAUAAGUAGCGUUUUAUAUUGAUGAUUAUGGUGAUGAAAACUUGGAGCGCACAAUACAUGUGAGAUAUUAUAUAAUGUUACCUUUAUGGAUAUUUAUUGGAUAUUGUUACCUUUUAUAAACGGCUAAACGUAUCUUUUCGUCUUUCUGACAACUGAUAUAACAAAGAAAAAUAAAUGUAAAAAUAAUGGUUGAUUAUUUUCUGGGCUCUCCUUUUUAGCAUAAUGAUAUUAUACUUGAUAAGACCAGUAUUUUGUUUAUAAAGUCAUCAAAUUCUGUAGGCCAACAAAAUCUUAUAGUUAGGUACGUAGGUUUCCUAUCAUUAUCCUGGCUUUUUCAAUGAUUUUUAGUUACGAAGCAAUUAUCGAUUGAUACCUAACUUAUAGUUUGUCUAUAAAAUUUGGUAUGCUAUAAAUCAUAUACACAAUUAUGUAUUUUUAUGAUGAUAAAAUUGAAUCUGAUUUAUACCACUAUUGCUAUAACCUUGUUCUUAUUAAUAAUAAAAAUGUUGUAAUUAUAUGCUCAAGUAAGUUUGUCAAAUUUUAGGAACCAAAAAAGUUUAAGCUUCUCUUAAUCUUUUAAUAAACAAAACCUUUACGACCAAAUAGCUGUCUAGUAAACAAUUAUUAUCAAAAUAGGGUUAAAUACCUAAUGAUUACAUUAUAAUUAUUGCCCAAUAAAAAAGAAGAUAAAAAUACAUAAUUUAUUAAAAUGAUUGCUUGAUAUUAUUAUAUCGUUAAUCUUUUUGGUAAGUUUAAAAUUAGAUCAAUAAUUAUAUAAUAUACUUAAUUGUAGUUCAUUAAUCAAUUAAAAUAGUGUUCAAUAAAUUUGAGAUAUAUUUGUCAUUUGUCAGGCUCUGUAAAUUAUGCGAUCAUUGUUUGUGAAAAUUAUAUCACCAAAUGUGGGUGGAGAUGAUAAAAUGUUAGAUAGGUCCAAAUUAAAAAUAUUGGAUUUCAAGAAGAAGUAAAAAAGUUUGUGUGUCACAUGUUGUGGGUACUAUAUAGAUUUGUUAUACCUUGAUCAGAAAUUCGGGGCGAAAGUGCUUACCACAUUUGUUUUUUCCUAUGGACUUAUUGAAUGCGCUUGUUUAAUUAAAGCAAACUUGAUGAAAACAAUCCGAUUUUUUUAUAGGAGUUUCUAGAGAUUUUGGUAUGUUGCGAAUUUGCAACUUUAGUCACGAAGGGCAUAUUGAAAUGGUUUUAUUAUAAUUACUGGACUUUGGUCGUUAGAAAACCCUGGUUACCCCGGAAACAUAAAGGAGUGAGACUAUCAAAAGAAGUGGUAAUAACUAACACAAAAAAGUGAUGUUUCUUAUUUGUAAAGAAUUUUUUUCCAACAGC